AUGGCUCGGAUUCUCAGGGUAGCUGCGGCCCAGCUGGGUCCAAACCACCUUGAUACACCACGUGAGGACAUUCUCGACCGCAUCAUCAAGCUGCUCCGGGCCGCCGGCCAGAAGGGCGCCCAGCUAGUCGUGUUUCCAGAGACCGCCCUGACAACAUUCUUUCCGCGCUACAGGCUGGAGGACGUCCCUCAAUCUGACCAGUACUUUGAAGAUGGCAGCACCUUGCUUACAUCGACAAGAACGCGGCCGAUUUUUGACGAGGCGGCUAUCCUGGGACUGGAUGUCUGUCUUGGGUUUGCCGAGAAAAGCUCUGAAGGAGGGCAACGGCGUCAACACAACUCGUGCGUCUACUACUCUGCUAAGAGGAGAGACAUCCUUGCCAAGUACCGCAAGAUCCAUCUCCCGGGUACGCUACAACCUUUUGAAGACGCUGGUGCUAUCAACCAGCUGGAGAAGCUUUGGUUCUCUCCAGGCGACCUGGGCUUCACGGCAUUUCGCGCGCCCGGUCUAGUUCUCAACGCCGCGAAACUAUCCGUCGACAGUGAUGGCAUCAACAACAACGGCAAUGACAGAGACGACAACAGAGGAGACCCCAUCAUGGGCAUGAUGAUCUGCAACGACCGGCGCUGGGCCGAGAGCUGGCGAUGCUACGGCCUUCAAGGGGCGGAAGUCAUUCUCUGCGGAUACAACACAACAGCGUGGGCACCGGACCUCUGCGGCAAGGCCGAAAUUCAGCAGACAUACGAGGAGUCGGAGGAGGAGUCAAUGUUCCAGCACAGACUCGUGAUGACGGCCAACUCGUACAUGAACAGCUGCUUUUCCAUCUCCGCUGCGAAAUCAGGGGUCGAAGACGGCAAAUACGGAUUGAUCCGGGGCAGCAUGAUUGUGUCCCCCGACGGCUAUGUGCUGGCCGAAGCCAAAACCAAGGGCGAUGAAGUCAUCUUUGCCGAGCUUGACCUAGACGACUGUCUUCCGGGGAAAUCUAUGGUGAGCCUCCUCUCCCAGGCCAUGAUUAAUUUCAGCCCGUAA